AUGGAAGUGAAUCCAUUAAAUAUAUUUUUUGUCAAAUCAGACAGCAAGGGUGAUAGAUUGCUGUUUAGAUAUCCGUACACAACGGAAAACAAAGAUGAAAAUAAACAGGAAAAUUAUGGACGUCUUAACCCAUAUGCCAUUAAUUCGACGGAAGAUUUACUGCAAAAUCCUCAAUCACAAACUUCAAAUAUUUGUAAAGGAGAACUUAGUGGUUUUACGGAUGAAAUGUUAUCAACACUCUUUGCUGUUAAAGCAGAAUUGUGUAAUCGAAAAUUUGAGCUCAAAGUAAAUGAUGUUCGAUUUGUUGGACACCCCACUCUACUUCCAUAUCGGACUAAUAAGGAUGACACAGCUGCAAUGAUACUUAUAAACAUUGUGUUUGCUUUGCAAGCGUCUGCUAGCCAUUCUAUUGUAAAGUGUUAUUAUGAUUUAAGCAAAAGGCUCGGUAAAGCCCUCACCCAUGAAGAAAAACGGUGCUCAUAUCUGACAGAAGAAAUGAAAAUAAUGUUGGAAGCGCAUGAUCAAGUGUCAGCACUAGAUCAGGAAAUAAAUGGUGAUAAUGAAGAUGAAGAGGAAAACUCCCGCCAUUCAAUCAGUUCCACAACUCAAAAUGUAGAUAACGGAACUGAGUCUGAUCCCAAAAAUGCUUUUGACUUGAUUCUGCAGAAGAGCUCAUUAGCAAAAUCUAUGAAAGAUGUUUUUGAAGAACUGAGUAAUACUGGAAUAGUUCAAGUAACAAUUAACAAAUGGGUUCUUCUCUCAUUCUGUCUGCCGCACAAAGCACAUCAGAUCCAUAAUAGGGGCCUUAUAGUUGAACCAGAGACUAUAGACAAAUGUAUUAGCAUGUUAAGGCCAUAUCAUGGCAUAUUACUUAUGGUCGAUCCAAAUGCUUUGUUGGCAUCAAUACCUUUGGACGGAAGCCCGGCGCUUCUUCGUCUUAUUAAGUGCUACAGUCCUUUGAAAAGCUUGCAGACUUUAGCUAUUGAGGCUGAUUUGACAUUGACACAGGCGUUCCAGCUGACAGGCCACUUAGUGUACUGGGCCAAGGCGACCGUGAUAUUCCCAUUGUGCGAAGGGAACGUAUACGUCGUGUCGCCCGUAGCCAACGUGCACGUACAUUCACCGCUCGUUGACGAGUUCGCUAAGGAAUUUCCCGGACUUUGUUUGUUGCAGAUGCUGAGCGAGUUCUCCCUGCCUGCCCCUCUGUGGUACGUAUGCCGCAGCGGGGCGUGGGGCGCGAGGGGCGGGGGGCGCUUGGCCCGCCUCGUGGCGUGGCUGCUGCAAAGGCGCCUGCUGAUGCAGCUGCACACGUACGUGCAGUUCAAUUCGCCCCAUUGGCCACGGCAACGGCAUUCUGACUCGCCACAGGCCGAAGGCAAAGAAUAUUUCUGCGAAAAGCACGAUUCGUAUCUCUCCAGCAACAUCUCGUUCUCCUCUUUAAAUCAGUUGCAACUAAACGUCCCCGAACCUGUCGAGCCCCGAGAGGUCAUCGACCCCGACACGAACAAACAUUAUCCCACUCAGAACAACCUCAACCAGACGGACUUCUCUCACACGCAACCCAUAGUCAUCGAGUCCGAUACGAAAUACAAGUUCGAGGUCGAUUCGGCGAAUCAUUCGUUCGACGAAGGAGCCGAUGUCGUCGACGGAGAUUUGAAUAAGGAGCAGAAAAAGGCCAACUCCGUCGACAGCGGCAUCUCUAACAAUGAGAAGAAGCUGACGUCGCGGCUCUCCGAUGUCUCCUUGAAGGACACGCACAGCAGUGACGAGGAUAGGUUAGAGAGUGAUGAACGGUAUUUCAAGAACGGCGUGUCUCUGAACCUGAAGUUGCAGAGUGAAAUGAGUUUCCAAUCACCGACGGUCUGGACUGCGCCCCUUGGAUGUGAUGCCGUGGACUAUUGUCGGUUUCCACCGGAACCACCCACCACAGAAUCGCUGCUGGACACAUUUACCCCCGAAGAAAGGGCAGUUCUAGCAAACAUACCAGCCGCUGACAACCCCGACGACUUACUUCUACUCGCACAGUUGCAUAAAAAAGGCUAUUUCCGUGGUGAACAACACUUAGAAGAAAUAAUGUUUAUGGAAAAUGUGACCCGGUCCCAGCUAAUGCAGCUUUUGGACAAGUUCAAGGAAGUCCUUAUCACAUUUGAGACUGAAGACCCAGCAGUGGCUUUGCUUUAUCCAUAUUAG